AUGAAGCAAUCAAGACAAUCUGCCAAAUUCGCCUAUCAAGGAUUAAAGGAGUUAGUCAAAUUUGGAAAAUUCGCUGAGACAGAAGGUGCUCAAGCUACUAGUACUCUAAUUGCUAUAGUGGCAGAAGAACAUGUGGCACCAUCAAGGUCAAAUCUCAGUUUUUCGUUUGAGGUUUCUGAUGAUGAUGAUAAUGAUAAUGAUGAUGAUGAUGAUGAUGUUGAUGAUGAUGAUGAUGAUGAUGAUUCCGAUGAUAAUGAUGAUGUGAAUUUUCUUCUGUUUUUUCCACCGAAGGAGCCAGUCAAUGAAGUUGUGAUUACUCCAGCUGAGACAGAGUCUUCAACUGCAAGGAAGCCUCCCCAAACAGUUCCUGUUACUGUUGAAUCUCCAUCUGAGAGUGAUAAAGACGAACCAAAUGCCUCCCAGAUGCCAAAGAAGCGAAGACGUAGAGAUCUAAGGCCGGGAGUGCUUAUUGCUAAACCAGUAAAACUGCCAACUUUAAAUGUUGAGCUAGCCCAAGUUAUUCAAGAUGUUCAAACUCCAACUGUUGAACCAGCACAGGUUCAUGAAGAUGUUCAAGCCCUAAUUGUUAAACCAGCCUAG